UGUCUUAAUCCAGUGCUCGCAGGUUAAGCGAUUCAGCAGGUCAGUACAUCUCCAUAUUUGCUAUUGCUUGCAAAUCCAGUGCCUGAUUUUACCCCACCAGAGUUCCUUACCAGUCCUUAGAAGUGGGAACUCUGCUGUUAUUCAAAAAAGAGGUUUAAUUCCAAACUCUUGCAUGCUCUAUUUAUCCUAAUGUCUGUAAAUCUCAUCUAAUCAGCAAGCUAGGCAAACUCUUUUGUUCAUUCUUAUUCUAUUAAACACAAUCAGCUGCAGGCUAAAUUAGCAUUCCGAAUACUUAUUGAUAGAUUUUAGCGUAUAUGUAUGUGUGUUUGCAUCUAUAUCUAUACAUGUGUGUAUACCAGUGAACAAAGAUAUAUAGCACCAGUAAGUUCAUAGGAAGUUGCAGUAGUCAAAAUGAAGUUCAAUACAAACACAAUUUGUACUUGAUUUUAAUCUUGGCAUAUAAGCCUGCUAAAUAUAAUUAAUCUUGUAGAUAUAAGGUGAAACCAACUCUGCUGUAGUGAUACAGUCAAUAUUUGGACCCGUGUUUGGAUCAGCGAAGAAUGUCAGUCUGCUCUUGUGAUGAGGUUAAAUGAAAAAACAACUCAGUUGUGACAAAAUUGUAUUAGAAUUUGUAAGAAAAUUAAUAUGCUAUCAGCAAAGAACUGUAAUAUCUCUUAAGCUUGUAGACUCAGUCUUAUUCACUUACAAGCUGCUCACAUACUUCCUUAGCAAUUGCUGCAGUUGAUUCAUGAAUAAAAGAAGCAACAGACAGGCCAACGGCUUCAUGCUGGAGGUAAGCUGCAACUGAAGAGUACAUCCAGCCACCUGUCUCUGUCAUCCCCGUCUCUGUCUCUCUUUGUCCUUUUUUCCCCUCCCAUUUUUUAAUUGGUAUUGGACUUAAGGAUCAACAUGUUAAAGAAUAACACUUCGUUGAGCAGCAGCCUUCCAGACGAGGCCUGUACCAAGAAUACAAGCUUCUGCAAAACCUGACAUUGCUAGACAUUGAGUUACAAGGAAAAAUGGUAUUGUGUUCAAAGCUAGUAAAGCAUGGGUUUAAUUAAAGGCAGAAAUCAUGAUGUCAGUGAAUGGCUGUGAUUGUUACCAGGCAAUAUUUGCCUUCCUGCAGGUGACUGCUACAAAUCCUCCUACACACUCACAAGUUUACAGAUUUCAAAGAGCAGCUUACGUAUUUCCCAGAUCAAUUGAUCCUACCUCCUGAAAGAAGAUGGAGUGUCAGAAAUCUUCUGUAGAAAGAAAUUCUCCUGAAGAGCAUUGUUACAAAGAAAUGGCUUUUAUUGUUAGAGGAUGUUUUUAAUGACUUUUUAGUUCAACUACAUAUAUAUGUGUGUAGAAACACCAUUUUCUUUCUAUUUUGGAUUGCAAGUCAGUUUCAGAGAAGCCAGAAGGUUGUCUCUCCUCUGUCAAUAUUUGUGACUGGUUAAUGAUCAACCUCUUGACCUCAUGGCUGUUCCUGGUGUGCAUCCAAAUAUCUCUCCUGUCUUCCCCUAAAAAUAAAAAUAAAAAUAUAAAAAAAAAAAAAAAAAGAAAGAAAGAGAGUAUAAAUGCAUGCUUCUAUGUAAAAGUGAAUGCAUUCUGAGCCUGUUUUUUGGAAGAUGACACAGUUACCAAAGAGUCUAAUUCACCCCUGCUGGUUUUGUGUCCAUAUACCAAUUUCAUUCACCUUUUCCCUCUGAAGGAAAGUCAGAGUUUUCCGAAUGCUCAGUAAAAUGGAGAGCAGUUCCUCGCUUGUGAUGUUUCUCCUGUUAAUGUGCUCUGUCAACAGCAGCUGUCCGUACUCAGUGUUCAUGGCAAGAGACAAAGCACAUGAGGUGCUGAAAGUUCAGAAGCGUGGUAACUAUUUUCUGGAAGAGAUUCGUCCAGGGAACUUGGAGAGAGAAUGCAAUGAGGAAAAGUGUUCGUUUGAGGAGGCUAAGGAGAUCUUCCAUUCACAGGAGAAAACGAUGGAGUUUUGGUUCAAUUACAAAGGUUUAAAUCCAUGUAGUACAAAUCCCUGUAAGAAUGGUGGAGUCUGCAAAAUAAGACACUACAAUUACUUUUGCAUCUGCCCCCCAAAAUUUGGAGGAGACAACUGUGAAGAAGAAAAGUUCGAGUGCUGGUAUAAGAACGGUGGGUGCUGGCAGUACUGCAGGGACAGCAGUCGCUCCUUUCAUGUGGAAUGCUCCUGCACAAAGGACUACACCCUGCACGAGGACGGGAAGAGGUGCGUGCAAGCAGGACCCUUUCCGUGUGGCCUGAUGAAAGCCAGGCAUGCCAUGCGAGAGGAGCCACUGUGGCAAGCAAGGAUCCCAAGGGAGCUGAGGGAGAGCAGGAAUUAUGUGGCCACGUGGAAUGAGAGCACGGCGGGCACAGUCAAACGCUCUGAGGUGGAGCUAAGCGCUGUCAGGGAAAAUGAAACAUUACAGGAUGCUUCUGAGCAAGGCACAAUUAUGGAGGAUGCUGCUGGACCAGAGGUGGGAGUAGAUGCUUCCAGCUGCACCGAGAUGCCGGUGGACUCUGGCACCCAGAAGCAGCUGGGGCAGGAAGGGGCUGCCCCUGAGCCCGCGGCCACGGAGGGGACAGCCAGGCCUGGGCUGCGGUGGAGUGAGCCGCCCCAGGGCCCUGCACAGCAGAACGAGACCACAGCAGCUGCUGCCAGGCAGGAAGAAACAGUGGAAAAUGCUUCUGGGCAGAACCAAAGAGGGCAGAGCAUGGGCCAAAACAAAACCAGGGCAAUUCAAACCAUGUGCGAUGGGCUUAACAAGAGCAGUGAUGCCACGAACACUUCAGGCAUGGCUCAGCACAACCAGCCAAACGUCAGCUCUAGCUCAGAGCAUGACAGCUCCAGGGUAACUGGAGGAACAUUGUGUCAUCGUGGACAUUGCCCCUGGCAGGUUUUGAUCCGAAAUAGCGGAGGAAAUGGUUUUUGUGGAGGGAGCUUAAUCAACAGCCGCUGGGUGGUCACAGCUGCUCACUGCCUCGACCUCAUUAGGCCACACCAUGUUACUGUGGGCGACUUUGACAAGUAUCGCAGAGAACUGAAUGAACAGAAGAUUGGCGUGGAACGGAGCUGGACACACCCCCAUUACGAUUCAAAUGACUACAACGGUGACAUCGCCUUGCUGUACUUGAGCAGUGACGUUGUUUUUAACGAGUAUGUAAUUCCCAUCUGCCUUCCUAGCCCUAACCUGGCAGCUCUGCUGUCUGAGGAGGGCACUGUAGGGAUGGUAAGCGGAUGGGGCGCCACUCACGCCAGGGGUUCAACUCUACGCUUCCUCAUGAAAGUCAGGCUGCCCAUUGUAAACAUGGACACGUGUCAGCAGGCGAUGGACAGGAUCAUUACCGAUAACAUGUUCUGCGCAGGCUAUGCCACUGAAGCUGCAGACAGCUGCAAGGGCGAUAGUGGCGGCCCUUUUGCAGUACCUUACCACAACACUUGGUUUCUUUUAGGCAUUGUAAGCUGGGGCGAGGGCUGUGCUGAAAGAGGAAAGUACGGUGUGUAUACAAGAGUAUCCAAUUACGUUACAUGGAUUAAAGAGACUGUUGACAGUGUAGCAGAUUCAGAAAAGUUUUCCAUAAACUUUUCUUAAGAGCAGCUUUAUAAAAACAGUGAUUUUUAUUAGUGUUUCAGUCUGAGACACUAUUCAGUUCCUGUCCUUAAUGAACAGUUAAGAACAAACAAUUUAACAAGCUAUGGUAAACAGAGACUCAAGUAUUACUAAGCAAAAUACUUAGGUAUACUAAAGCAUUGAUCCUUUAAGUACAAAGGGGACAACUGCAACUUUUUGGCUAUGUAAAGUUCC